ACUUCCGGAAUACGGGCUGCGGGCACUUGUAUUCUCUGAGUAACGGAAGGUAGCGGUUCCGCUAUGGAUACUGAGGAGACGAGAGACUUUAAUGAACGCUGUACACAGUGUGCUGCUGUUUCCUGGGGAAUUACUGAUGAAGGAACAUAUUAUUGCACAUCUUGUCUCAAUGUUACAGAGAGGCAUAAGGAGGUUGAAAGUAUUGUGGACUUUACACCUAACACAAAGAUCCAAGCCAUCAACAGAGGACUUAAAAAAAAAAGGAAACUUGAGAAAGGCUGGGAAUGGUAUAUCUGCGAAGGUUUUCAGUAUAUACUUUAUCAACAAGCCGAGGCUCUGCUAUCCCUAGGAGUAUGUCCCAAAUUAAAGGAUGAAGUAUUACAUAAUUUUUGGAAGCGUUAUCUUCAAAAGAGCAAGCAGGCAUAUUGCCGGAGGCCAAUUUAUUCCAAUGAUAAUAAAUCUGUAGCGUCUGACAGCUAUUUGAGUCUUUCAGGCUUGGAUAGUGAACCUGAGCUGCUUAGUAUCCAUAGCUACCCUUUCUCAGAAAGUGAAGCAGAAUCUCACUCUGAAGUCAGUGAUAGACUGAUUCUUCCCAACAUCAAAUUUACACACUCUGAAACUACCUCUGUAUGUUCUGGAUCAGUUGAUGGAGUCGAGUACUCAAGGCAGAAGGAAAAAGGGAUUUUGAAGAUGACUAUGCCAAUGACACUUGCAUUCUGCUAUCUAUCAUUACUUUGGCAGAGGGAAGCAAUUACCCUUUCAGAUCUCUUGAGAUUUGUAGAAGAUGGUCAUAUUCCCUACAUAAACAUUCACCAGAAUUUUCCAGAGGAGAUGAAGUUAUAUGGACGAGACAUAAAAUUUUUUGCCACUGAGUCUUGGCCUGUCUAUGAAGAUAUAUAUGAAAAAAUGAUUGAGCUUGCAAAAUUUUUGGACUUACCCCGUUUUCCAGAUGUAACUGAGAAUUGUUUUCUCCAUCCAAAUAUGUUGUGUAUGAAGUAUCUGAUGGAAGCCAAUUUACCUGAUGAAAUGAAUAGCCUGACUUGUCAAGUGAUCAGAAUGAUUGGAAUAGGAGAAGUGAAUUUCCUGACAUUUGAUCCAAUAACUGAAAAGACAAGGACAGUUAAAUAUGAUGUUCAGGCUGUGGCUAUCAUUAUUGUGGUGUUGAAACUUCUCUUUUUAUUGAAUGAUAAUGUAGAAUGGUCCCUUUCUAGCCUUGCUCAAGAAAAUAAUGAAAACAAUCAAAAAGAUAGGCCAUGUUUUGACUUCAGAAAGUGGUAUCAGAUUUUGAAGAAAGUAAUUGAUGAGAAACAACAAAAACAAGAGGAAUUCAGAGCAAAGUACCAAUGGAAAAGCGAAAAGCCAUUUUAUUAUUCAUCAGGGGACAGAUCAGUAGUUUACAAAAGACGACGAAUGGUAGUGAACCUCCAAAAACAGUUUAGCAUACUGGUUGAUUCAGCAUCAAAUCCUGAAAAGAAAAAACCAUCAAGUUUCCAGUUAAAUUGGACAGAAGACCAGAAUACAACUUGCUUCCAUGGACACAGUCUUGAGAAAAUCCUACAAAAGAAAGGCAAAUCAUUAACAACCCUCAACUCACUAUAUUGGCUUAGUACUCAGAAAUUCUGUAAGAGUUACUGUAAGCAUGUGACUACCUAUGAAGAAUCAAAUUUUUCUAUGAGCUACCAGUUUGUAUUAAAUUUUUUCUCCUUUUUAUUGAGGAUAAAGGCUUCACUACUUCAUGAAGAGGUAAGCUUAAUUGAAAAGAGACUCUUUUACAAAAAAUAUGAGAAUAAAAGUAAAGCCUCCAAAUCUAAAAAAGCAUGAAGACCUUAAAAGUGGAAAUGAUUUUGAGAAAUUUGCUUCUACAUAUCUUCACAGUCUUUUUGCCACAAAACUGUAUUUCAUUACUUCGAAAGAUUUAUUGUUUCAUUGUGCACAGUCCAUCCAUCAUUGCAGAUGACAAGUUUUACAUAUCUUAAGACAUUUUAAUGAGUUGUUGUAAGUCAAAAAUAAAUCCUGGUAGCCAGCAUUCCUGUGAUAAACCUCUUCAAACUUAGCUAGGAUGAUCCUUAGGCCUGCUGCCAGGCCCAUCCUUGAAGUCUUGUCAACUUGAUAUCACCUGCCAGAGCUGGUAAUCUGCUGUUAGAGAGAAUUCAGAAUCACCUCUACACCAUGAAGAAGCAUCAAGAACUUAAUGGAAAUAACAUUGUUUAUAAAGCCUUUAUGUUAACAUUAUUGAGCAAAGCAAAAUAUUACUCAGAUGUUUUCAUUCACUUGUGAAACAAACAUUAAAACUGUCUUAUCUUUAUAUUUCCCCUAUUGCUUAGCUUGGGGUUUAUUGAAUCAAGUUAAAACAACAGAUGGGGGAAUUUAUUGCUUAAGAGUGACAUAACUAAAUUAUAUGUUGAAUUAAAGUUUUUUAAAAUCAUUUACAUAUGCAUGUAUUAAUCCAUAUGUAUAUUUACAUAUGUGUUACAAAUUUUCAUUAUAUGUGUGUAAGCUCAUACUUAUGCAUAUAAACAGUGUAUGUGAUUGGUGUAGUGACUAGAGAGCCAUCUUUGAAGUUAGAAACACAUAAGUUAAAAGUCCUGUUUCUGACACAUUCUAGUUAUGUGAAGUCACUUAAUCUCUUCGUGCCUGUGGAAAUAAGACUGAAUUGCAGAGCAAAUUGGUGAAUUUCCUCAUUGAGAAUCCCUGUACCAAUGAAAUCAUAGAUCAUCUUUAAAAUAACAUAUUUGUUUACAUUCUCCUCCAUUAGUCUGUGAGGUCUUUGAGAGCAAAGACCAUGCUUUUGACAAUUUUUUGUAUUAUCACCAGGGCUUUGCCCAGUGCCUGAUACAUGGAGAGUACUUUAUAAAUGCUUGUUGACUUGACUGUUUGACAAUGCUCACAGAGUUCUGUAUUAAAAUAACAGUUGUACUAUAUUAAAAACCAAUAUCUAAUUUGAGCUAUUUAUAAAUUUUUUUCAGGAAAUGAGUGCCACAGAAGUUACAUAAAUAUUUUGUCUGAAAUUUUGUAUUCAUUUUUCAGCAAAAUUAAAAUUGUUUGCUAAAGAAUUAAAA